UUUGUGCAGGAGUUUCUACGAGAGAUGUCAGACAAGGACGAGAAGAUCAACUCAUUGCGAGACAUGGGCUUUUCUGAAGAUGAAGCAAACAUGGCCAUUACGAUAUGCGGUGUGGAUGCUGAUCUCUCUGUAUUGGUCGACUCGAUUAGUGCAUCACAGGUUACAGAAGUUUGUCACUCUAGAAACUUAUCUGACCAUCAGGUUACAGCUAGAUGCUUCGAUUCCUUUGGAGGGAAAAAGAGGGCAAGAUUGAUUGAAGAGAGCAAGAAAAAGAGGAAGCGAUAUGGAGGUGGAGCACAAGGCAAACGACCUUCCUCGGAUGGCAGCGAUGAGGAAUCAAUGCCUCUCCCAAAUCCGAUGGUUGGGUUUAACCUUCCUGGUUAUAGGGGACCAUCAAUGACCCGAGUGCUUCCUGAACUGGCUACCGGACCACCUUAUUUCUACUAUGAAAAUGUGGCCAGAGCUCCGAAAGGUGUAUGGGCAAAAAUUACAAGAUUUCUGUUUGACAUCCAGCCUGAGUUUGUGGAUUCUCUUCAUCUGUGUGCAGCUGCCAGGAAAAGGGGAUAUAUCCACAAUUUGCCAACCGAGAACAGAUCACCGCUUCUCCCUCUGCCUCCAAAGACAAUUUUUGAGGCAUUCCCUCAUUACAAGAAGUGGUGGCCAUCCUGGGACCAGAGAACGCACUUCAAUUGCUUGCAAACAUGUACGGCAAGUGCACCGGUGACAGAACGGAUCCAGCAGAAACUUUCAAGCUCAGGCAAUCCACCACCUCAAAGUGUACAGAAAUAUGUCAGGCAUCAGUGCUCAAAAUGGAACCUUGUUUGGGUUGGCAAAGACAAAGCUGCUCCAUUGGAACCUCAUGAGAUGGAGUAUCUUCUUGGUUUCCCAAAGGACCACACAAGAGGCUUCGGCAAGACACAGAGAUACAAGUCUCUCGGCAACUCAUUCCAAGUCGACACGGUCGCUUACCACUUGUCAGUGCUGAGGGACAUGUUUCCCAAUGGUAUUACUGUGCUGUCCUUGUUCACCGGUAUCGGAGGAGGAGAGGUUGCCUUGCACAAGCUUGGGAUCCACAUGAGGGCAGUAGUUUCUAUUGAGAUAUGCAAAGCUAAUAGGAAGAUUUUGAGGAGUUGGUGGGAUCAGACCCAGACAGGGACAUUGAUUGAGAUUGAUGAUGUGAAAUCCCUCAAGGAUGAUGAAAUUGCAUCAUAUGUUCAUAGAUUUGGCGGCUUCGACUUGGUGAUUGGGGGCAGCCCAUGUAACAAUCUUGCCGGAAGCAACCGACACCAUCGUGAUGGCUUGGAGGGCGAGCACUCAUCUUUGUUCUAUGACUACUUUAGGAUCUUGAAUUCCGUCAAGUCGGCUAUGGCGAACAUGUAGCCUAAUCGCUGUAGUACCUAUGCUAUCGUUUAAUGCUUAUAUCUAGGAACUGUAACCGAUCUGUGUUUAAACAUUGAGUUGAUGUGGAGGAUGUUUAUUGGGGAGAAAGAUCACAUUAACAUUUA